AUGUUACUCCUCUUCUUGCUUUUCUUCACUAUUGCUGAUAUCGCAGAGGCUGCAGACAACAGCAUUAAACCAGAAAAACCCUCCAGAUCUGUAACUGAAGGCAGCAACAUCACACUGUCCUGCACAUAUACUGGAUCAGUUUACAGUCUCCACUGGUAUCAACAAAAACCUGGAUCAAGACCAGAGUUUCUGCUGCUGAUUGAUGAAGGCAGUGGACAUGUCACUAAAGCUAAACCACCUCAUCCACGACCAUGCUGUGAGGUUCACCAGGACAGGAACAUGGACCCAGUGGACACCGUGGAUCAGAACCCCAGUGAUGAAAACGGAGACUCGGAGUCUCAGACGAUGCCUGUAUCUGGGAGGGAUUUUCUGGUGUACUCAGAUGGUCAGGGGAUAACUGAAAGGGAUGCAAAGUCUUCUCUGCAGAUGAAGAUGUUCACUGUUAUAUUCAUGUGUCUGUGGCUUUCACUAGGUGACUCCAUGGCAGAUUCAAUACAGCCACUUUCCCCUCGUGUAGUUGUAGAUGAAGGUGUUAAUGUUACUCUGUCCUGCAACUACAAACCCAGCAGUGCUACAGCAAACAACUACCUGAACUGGUACAGACAAUAUCCAGAAUCUAAACCUGAGUUCCUUCUUUAUAUUUAUCAAACUGGAGCUCUGAGUCCCAACCCUCCCCCAAGAAUGUCUGCUGAAGUUGAUGAUAAUAAAGAUAAUAAACGAGUGGAUCUGCUCAUCUCCUCUGCUGCUGUAUCAGACUCUGCACUAUACUACUGUGCUCUGCAGCCCACAGUGACAGGAAAUCCAACUGCACUGUACAAAAACUUCAACACAGUUUUGUUCUACUGAAGGGAGAGCAAAUGCGAAGUUCAAUAAUUUACACCCCUUCAAACCUCUCUAUCUCUCUCUCUCUCUCUCUCUGUUAUCCUUCCUCUCUUUCUAUCUGUUAAUUAUGAGACAGUUUUGUUAAACUGAAUGCA